AUUUAACCCGAGAGCGCGCUCGAUAGCAUUUAGUAUCACUCCCGGACUCCGGCGAUCUCUAUCUUCUUUCAGUGACCUGAUCUCAUCAACCUAACCCAAAAUGUCUAUCGAUGAGCAAUUCCAAUCCGUCGCCACCUCCGUCAGGAACUGGAAGACCAAGCCCUCCGACAACGAGAACCUUGCUCUGUACUCCCUGUACAAGCAAGCCACCGUCGGUGACGUCAACAUUGGCGAGCCCAGCGGUCUGGUAGAGAAGGCCAAGUUCAACGCGUGGAAAGGCCGCAAGGGCAUGUCCCAGGAAGACGCCAAGAAGGAGUACAUCAACCUUUCCCAACAGUGGCAGUCCAAAUACGCCUAAAUUCUAGAAUUAACCUUAUUUAUUAAACUGCCACUGAUUUCUUAGUUGCUCUUUUGGCUGCACAUGACGUAAUUCUUUUUUCGGGCUCUCAAAUGUUAUUCUAUCUAAUGAAACUGAAGAGUAACUUAGAAAUUAGACUUUAUUGUUAAGUUUUCUAAAAAAUAUAUUUAUUAAUUAAACACUUUCUCACUGAAA